GUGCAAAAUAUUUUCUGUUGCCUGUUUUGCCUACUUUUCCUUCUCUUUUUGUUUCUGUUUUUAUUGAAACAUUAGUUUAAUACAGUGUUUAUCUUAGUUACAUUGCUUAUGUGCGACCUUUUUAAUUCAUUGUUUCCUCUCCAUCCCUGAGCAAAUCCAAGGCCGAGAUAACGCCAUCCCUCGUAAUAAUUUUCACAGCUUGUGAAAUUAGAAACAAGACAAGAGUCAAUUGUCUGAGCCAAACUAGGAGGAGGAAGUGAUUAAGUGGAAUGUCUGGUGGUCCUUCUGUAACGCUAAAAAGUCAACCAAUCGAUGGGAGCAACAGCGGAAAUGCUGCAGCGCAACAGCAGCAGCAGCAGUCCGCGAAUGGCGCAGCGUCUUCGGCGAACCAGGGCCAAGGCAGCAACAACAAUGGUAGCGCUGGUGUAAGCGGCGGUGCGAGUGCCCCUGCUCAAGAAGGCACCCGCCAGAACAGCUUGCAGCGCAUCCAGCAGCGCAAGCAAAAGGUAUUCAACCUGCCCGUGCCCCAGAAGCUUGCCAAGCUCUCGAUGUACUCUGCGUGCCAGGCUGAAGGCUGCCAUUGCACUGGAUGGAAAACUCCUCAGGAGAACAGGCAUCGUGAUGUGGAGUCUUCUUACUGUCCCGAGUUCAACGAGGAAUGCCGCAACUCCAGCUGCCGUCAUUCCCUGCGAACGCACAUCGCCCACUUGGAUAAUAUAUCCAGUUCCAGCAUGGACGAGCUCCUGGGUGCCAUUAUCGAUAUGGAAAACCUGUUCAUGUCCAUGCAGAGGGUAGAGGAUGAGGAUACCAAAAAGGUAUACUUGUACCUGUUCCGCCUGUUGCGUCAGUGCGUCCUGACGCGUCAGCAAGCUGUCAUUCGUGGCCCUUUGGGUGAUCCCCCAUUCGAAUCGCCCUGCAUUACAAAGGCAGUUUUAUCCCUGGUCUUCUACAAGUACCAGCACCUUAACCCGACUGAGCUUCAAACUAUGACUGAGGUGGCGAAAACGUUUCUAAACUUUCUCAACCACUACAAUUUCGAGUCGCCCUCAACGAGGCGCGGCGACCUAACCCAUGAGGAUGCGUCCAACUAUAAGAUUAACUACACCCGCUGGCUUGUCUUCUGCCAUGUUCCUGCCUUUUGCAAUUCUUUGCGCCAGUUUGAGACCUCGCUGGUCUUUGGACGCACCCUUCUGCGCACCGUGUUCCAGUACAUGUCGCAGCAGCUGAAAAAGAAGUGCAUUUCGGAGCGUGAUCGCUUUCCCGAAGACAAGAGAUCCAUUAUAACGCAAAUGCCAAAGUUUCUUGAGGCGCUGCGCGCAGAGCUUUUGAAGGAUGACUCCCCCAUAUGGGAUCCCAAUUACCGUCCACCCAAUUCAUUUGUCAUCCAACAACGCAAGCGCAAUCAGGAAGCGGCAGCACCUCCAGCUCCUGGUGGCGGUGCAGCUGCCAUUGGCAGUAAUAAACGCUCAAGCGUGGGGGAACCGCUGCACAAGAGACCCAAAAAGGAAACGCUCGAGCGUCCCAUCAGUGAGAACUUGGAUGAUCUUCCCACAGAUGUGGUAGUGCGUGCCAUGAAAUCGGUGUCCGAGUCGAAAACAACAAACAAGGCGGAAAUUCUCUUCCCGGUCAAUGUGUCACGGGAUGAGAACGUCAAGGCCGAGGAGCAGAAGCGUGCCAUUGAGUUUCAUGUGGUAGGCAACUCCCUAACGAAGCCAGUGGAUAAGCAGACUGUCCUGUGGCUCCUUGGCCUGCAGCUUGUCUUUGCUUACCAACUGCCCGAAAUGCCGCGCGAGUAUAUCAGCCAGCUCGUGUUCGACACAAAGCACAAAACCCUUGCCCUGAUCAAGGAAAGUCAGCCAAUCGGCGGCAUAUGCUUCCGACCAUUUCCAUCGCAGGGAUUCACAGAGAUCGUGUUCUGCGCCGUCACAAUGGCUGAGCAGGUUAAGGGCUAUGGCACCCAUUUGAUGAACCAUUUGAAGGAUUACAGCAUUCAGCGCGGCAUUAAGCACCUGCUCACAUUUGCCGAUUGCGAUGCCAUCGGAUAUUUUAAGAAGCAAGGCUUCUCCAAGGACAUUAAGCUGGCGCGUCCCGUUUAUGCGGGAUAUAUAAAAGAAUACGAUAGCGCCACAUUGAUGCACUGCGAGCUGCAUCCAACAAUUGUAAAUACGCAAUUUAUUGCCGUGAUAAGAAAUCAAAGCGAAAUUCUUAAAGAGCUCAUUGCUCAACGACACAACGAGGUGCAGAAAGUUAGAACUGGUUUAACUUGCUUCAAGGAAGGUGUACGGUCUAUACCGGUCGAGUCCAUUCCUGGCCUCAUGGAAAUCGGUUGGAAACCACAAAUGCGCCCAGCCCGAUCGGCCCGACCCUUGGAGGAAUCGUCGGAUCCAGAGAAACUGGCCACAUCAUUCGCGUCGGUCCUUCAAUCCGUGCGUCAGCAUACCACGGCAUGGCCCUUUUUGCGUCCAGUGACUGCUGCAGAAGUGCCCGACUAUUACGACCACAUCAAGUAUCCCAUGGACCUUAAGACAAUGGGCGAACGUCUAAAGAAGGGAUACUAUCAAACACGUCGCCUAUUCAUGGCAGAUAUGGCACGAAUUUUCUCAAACUGUCGUUUCUAUAACUCCCCCGACACCGAGUACUAUCGCUGUGCCAACUCUUUAGAGCGUUAUUUUCAAACGAAAAUGCGCGAACUGGGACUGUGGGACAAAUGAUAUAUGAGUGAUUGAGAUCUGAUGAUAUAUAAAACUACAUAAACAGUAUAAUUCAUUAUUUCAUCUAUUUAUUCUAGGUUUACCCGCAGAAAAUCAUGUGAAUUUGUAUUUUGAGCAAAUUAUAAUCUGAGAAAUGAUAUUACGGUAAAUGUUUUAAGACAAGUCCUAGGUUCUUGUCUCAUUAAUUUAGAUAUUCCAAAUAAAAACAAACAUUUAAAAAAAAAAACCAAGUGUGUCUGGAGUUAUGCCAGGGAUCCACGCGUAACAAUCUUCGACUUGGCUUCGCUUGGGUCACUAAUUGAGAUAUCAGGAAUUAUAUAUUGGGGUAUAAAGUGUUAUUUUCUAUUAUUUCUUUUCUAAAAAUAAUUUUGACUUGUUCGAGUGCUUUUUUGUCUUUUCAUUUUUAUUAAUUCUCAUUUAAUUUCCUACAUUCAUUGUUUGCAUGCUUUUAUAUUUAGGAUUUAUUUGUUUUCGUUUGGUUUAAUAAACAUUUGAUCAAUAA